AUGAACUCUCUCCUAGUGUCGCUGAUACUGAUGGACAAUGUUCUGUCCUCUGGGUCUCAGUGCACUGUCCCCCGUUCUGAGUUUAGUCUUGCUGGAGAUUAUCUGGUUGGAGGACUUUUCGAAGUUCAUGAUGUGGACGAUGAGGGUUAUCAAGUUUUGCCUGAAGCCAUCGACUGCUCGCGACAGAAGUUCAGUAUUCCCAACUAUCGGAGGUUUCAGAUCAUGCGAUUUGCUGUGGAGCAGAUCAACAACUCCACACAGCUCCUUCCCAAUGUCACUUUGGGUUAUGAGAUCUAUGACCAGUGCUCGGACACCAAAGUUUUCCCUGAGAUCUUCGACUUCCUCUCCUCCAACGAGUCUGUAAACCCCUGGCCUGAGCCUAAGGGGUCUCAGGAGCCUGUGGGGCUGCAGGAGCCCAAAGUCAUAUCAGUGAUAGGAACCUUCUCCAGCACAAAGUCACGCACAAUCACGCCGCUCUUGACUAUGGACUUUAUUCCUCUGGUUCUGGCAGAGAUGAAGAAGUCCAACUUUACUCUGCUAAAUGAGAAUAUUCAUUUUGAUGAAAAUGCAGACCCGAAAUUUGGAUUCUACACUAUUGUUGUCUGGAACAACAUGGACCGUUACUCUUGUGCCUCCUGUUUGGACACAGAAUGGUCUCCUCCAGCGAGUACCUCCUGUCAGCCCAGACUGAUAGAGUUUACCUCCAUGAAGGAUAAGGCUGCCAUAGUGAUCAUAGUUGGGACACUCAUUCUGGAUGUCCUCUCUCUCCUCACUGCUCUGCUCUUUGGUCUGAACUACAACACUCCUGUGGUUUCCAAACCCCUCAUGGAAAAGAAACGACGGGCCCGAAUCAACCAGUCCCUGGACCAGUUGAAGUCUCUCCUGGAGAACCACUACAGCAGCACUAUUCGUAAGCGCAAAUUGGAAAAAGCAGAUAUUUUGGAACUAACUGUGAGACAUCUGAGGCAGUUACAAAAGAGGCUGAAAUUUUUAAACGUUACACCGGAGUCUGAGUACCAAGCCGGUUUCCGUAGCUGUGUGUCGAAGGUCCAUCACUAUCUGCUGACAGCGGAGCGGCAUAACGGCUCUGACCGGCCUCUGUCCCAGGGUCUAUCCCAGGGUCUGUCCCAGGGUCUGUCCCAGCUCUCUGACCAGGCUCUGUACCGGGGCCUGAGUGCGCGGCCCGGGGAGGCCUCUAGGACCAUGGACAGCUCCGUGCGCGAGCAGCUCACUUCUUCACGGGCGUCUUCUGAAUCUGAGCAGAACAGACGCGGCUCAGUUCCAGGCCUCAGGAGACACGCACUCACUGCUGACCCGAAGCACAAACACACGGACAGUCAGUGCGAGGCUUUCACCGACCUCAGUGUAUGGCGCCCCUGGUAG